AUGGAUGAUGUCUUGUUUGCUCGUGAGGCGGAUGCGAAGAAUGCCUAUGUAAGGGCAGCACAGAACCAUGAGAUGCUAUGGGCUGAAAAAGCAAAGAAUAGAUGGCUGAAAGAAGGAGACAAAAAUUCAAAAUUUUUUCAUCUCUCGAUCAAGAUGCGUUGGGCUAGGAACAUGAUCAGGUCUCUUAAGAAGGAGGAUGGGACGGUUGUCUCAGGUCAGGUGCAUUUGAGUCAGUAUGUUGCUGAUUUUUAUGAAUUUUUUCAUAAAUCAGUGUCGUUGCAAUCUCACCCUGAUAUCUUCGAUAGUAUUGCUACUGUUCUAUUGGAGGAGGAACAUCUUGCAAUGGAGUUUGUUCUUUCCAAUGAAGAAAUAAAGCAGGCAGUAUGGGACUUGGAUGCAGACUCGUUCCCAAGCCCAGAUAGUUUCAGUGGAGUUUUCUACAGGAAAUGUUGGGAUAUUGUAGAGGAAGAUUUUUGCUCAGAUGUUUGUUCUUUCUUUGUGUCUGGAUACUUUCCUAAAGGUGUCAACAACUGUCUCAUUAGUCUUAUCCCCAAAGUAGAAGGUGCUUCUUCCUUGGACAAAUACCGGCCUAACUGCAUGGGAAACUUUCUGUGUAAAGAUAUUACUAAGGUGAUGGCAUCAAGGCUAAGCAAGCUCCUCCCAAAACUUGUAUCUGAAGAACAGGGGCCAUUUUAG